CUAGGAAACCCCCAUCACUAUUUCAUUUUAGAACUUUUAGCUCAGGGCAGCAUAACUAUAUCCCGUUUUUCGCCAUGUCUUCAACCGUGGACCAACUUGAAUCAAAAAAUGGAUCGCCGGGAACACCGCCGUCUCCGCCACUUGACAUUGAUUUGAAACCGGCAGCACCAUCAGUCCUGCAGCCGGAGUCGGACGACGCCACUACUCAACCAACGGGAUCUCCACCAGCUGGUGCGGAGGAUCCGGAAUCUCCCGGGGCAAAAGACAAUGGGAUACCUGGAAAAGUUGAACCAGCCAAUUUGGAGCCUUCCAAUUUAUCGAUCCAGUCGAAUGAACCAGCGAAUGGUUCCGAUCCCAACUCCAAUGACUCUGAAGAUCGUGCUGUCCAAUCUAAUGGAGCCGAGAACAUUCCUGGACUUCGAAAAGAUGAAGGUAGCCGAACUUUCACGAUGAGAGAAUUGUUGAAUGAAUUGAGGAAUGGAGGUGAAGAUUCCGAAACGCGCGAAGCUGACACUCCUUACAGUCAGGAAAGCAGUCGAACUGAUCACACUGAUGCUGCCUUGGAGCUGAUCAACAAUGUCACAGGUGCUGAUGAGGAGGGCCGGUCUCGCCAACGAAUCCUUACAUAUGCUGCUCGGAGGUAUGCAAGUGCACUAGACCGAAAUCCAGAAGAUUAUGAUGCACUUUACAAUUGGGCACUAGUUCUUCAGGAAAGUGCAGACAAUGUUGACCCAGAUUCCAGUUCCCCUUCAAAAGAUGCUUUGUUAGAAGAGGCAUGUAAAAAAUAUGAGGAGGCAACACGACUUUGCCCUACCCUCAAUGAUGCUUAUUAUAAUUGGGCUAUAGCAAUCUCGGAUAGAGCAAAAAUGCGUGGUCGAACAAAAGAAGCAGAAGAAUUUUGGAAACAGGCAACUAAAAACUAUGAAAAUGCUGUCAAGCUCAAUUGGAACAGUCCACAGGCACUCAACAACUGGGGACUCGCUCUGCAGGAACUUAGUUCAAUUGUCCCUGCUCGAGAAAAGCAAAUAAUAGUGAAGACUGCAAUCAGCAAGUUUCGUGCAGCGAUUCAACUCCAGUUUGAUUUCCAUAGGGCAAUUUACAACCUGGGGACUGUUCUGUAUGGACUAGCAGAGGAUAUGUCUAGAACAGGAGGAGCCAUAAGUUCUAAGGAUGUUCCCGCAAAUGAGUUGUACAGUCAGUCUGCAAUUUAUAUUGCUGCAGCACAUGCACUCAAACCAAAUUACUAUGUUUACACAAGCGCUCUGAAACUCGUCCGUUCCAUGCUACCUCUACCGUAUCUUAAGGUUGGAUAUCUUGCUGCACCUCCUGCUGGAAAUCCACUUGCGCCACACAGUGAUUGGAAGCGUUCUCAAUUUGUUUUGAAUCAUGAAGGCUUACACGAGAUUAGUAAAGUUGAUCAAAGACGAAGUCUGUCCUCAAAUCCCGUGGAUAGCACGAAUUCUAGCAGGCAAGCAAUCAAAGUUGAUGUGCCAGAUAUUGUCUCCGUGUCAGCAUGUGCUGAUCUAACACUACCACCUGGGGCGGGUCUUUGCAUUAACACAAUUCAUGGACCUGUCUACAUGAUUGCUGAUUCAUGGGAAGCCUUAGACUGGUGGCUCGAUGCAAUUCGUUUAGCUUACACGAUUUAUGCUCGGGGAAAGAGUGAAGUUUUGGCAGGUAUCAUCACUGGCUAGUUUUGUGUAGGAAAGAUGCCUGAUUUAUGAACUCGGCUCAAGUACAUGUACAUUAUUUGGCCUUUCACAUUUAAGUGAUGGGUGUAGUUUAUAGAAUUAGAUAUACUUCGAGUUCACAAGUCAAAAAACUUGAAAUAUUAUCCCCCCCCCCUUUCUUACUCUGUAUUUUAUUAUCUUCAUUGAUUUGUAGAGUUCUUUGACUUUUGGGGCAUGUCUCAACGCUGCAUGAAAUCAUGAACUCUGUGUUACUCAUUUUUCAUGUAACUUUAGGCUUAAUUGUAG